GACGUUUCAAAAACGGAUCUAUGGAAAAGGAAGGCGUUGUAGAACCAUCAGAAGAAACUCAUCUUUUCCGAUUAAUGUAAUGACGGCCGCUAAUUGAUUAGUUGUAAUUCAACGCCGAUUUACAAUUUUGCCAUCUUAUACGUUAGUGGUAGUAUUUUGGAGAUAUUAUUUCGUUUGAAAGUGUAAAGAAAAGGCAUAAAACUGGUGUUCGAUAAGUCACUUGGCAAUAUGCCUGCCGUAAGGGGAGAUGGAAUGCGAGGGCUCGCAGUCUUCAUAUCAGACAUACGAAAUUGUAAAAGCAAAGAAGCGGAAAUAAAGAGGAUCAAUAAAGAGUUGGCGAACAUAAGAAGUAAGUUCAAAGGUGACAAAACUCUUGAUGGAUAUCAAAAAAAGAAAUACGUGUGUAAACUCUUAUUUAUCUUUUUGCUGGGUCAUGAUAUCGACUUCGGUCAUAUGGAAGCAGUCAACUUACUUUCAUCCAACAAGUAUUCUGAAAAACAAAUCGGGUAUUUGUUCAUAUCUGUGUUGGUUAAUACCAACAGUGAUCUAAUUAAGCUUAUCAUCCAGAGCAUUAAAAAUGAUCUGCAAUCACGUAAUCCGAUACAUGUCAACUUGGCUCUGCAAUGCAUUGCCAACAUUGGCAGCAAAGAUAUGGCUGAAGCAUUUGGGACAGAAAUCCCCAAGCUUCUGGUCUCAGGAGAUACUAUGGAUGUGGUGAAGCAAUCUGCUGCUCUAUGCCUGUUGAGACUGUUCAGGAAGUCACCAGAAAUAAUUCCAGGAGGUGAGUGGACUUCUCGAAUCAUACAUGUAUUGAAUGACCCACACAUGGGUGUUGUAACAGCAGCAACAUCUCUUAUUGAUGCUCUUGUAAAAAAGAAUCCGGAGGAGUAUAAGGGUUGCGUAACACUGGCUGUUGCCAGGCUGAGUAGGAUUGUAACUGCUAGUUACACCGAUCUGCAAGAUUACACAUAUUACUUUGUGCCCGCCCCCUGGCUUUCUGUAAAACUGCUACGUUUGCUGCAAAACUACACUCCACCAUCAGAAGAGCCUGGUGUAAGAGGCCGCCUAUCGGAAUGUUUGGAAACUAUUUUCAAUAAGGCUCAAGAACCUCCAAAAUCUAAAAAAGUGCAGCAUUCUAAUGCUAAGAAUGCAGUCCUAUUUGAGGCCAUAAGUCUUAUAAUACAUAAUGACAGUGAACCUAAUUUACUUGUGCGUGCAUGUAACCAACUUGGCCAAUUCCUUAGCAACCGUGAGACAAAUUUAAGAUACCUUGCCCUGGAGUCCAUGUGCCAUCUAGCUACAUCAGAAUUUUCCCAUGAGGCUGUCAAGAAACAUCAAGAAGUUGUUAUUUUAUCCAUGAAGAUGGAAAAAGAUGUAUCAGUCCGACAGCAGGCCGUAGACUUGUUGUAUGCCAUGUGUGAUAAAACUAAUGCUGAGGAAAUUGUUCAGGAAAUGUUAGCUUACUUGGAAACCGCUGACUAUUCUAUAAGGGAAGAAAUGGUUCUGAAAGUAGCUAUUUUGGCUGAAAAAUACGCUACAGAUUUCACAUGGUAUGUGGAUGUGAUUCUUAAUCUUAUAAGAAUUGCUGGAGAUUAUGUAUCAGAGGAAGUUUGGUACAGAGUCAUACAGAUUGUAAUCAACAGAGAAGAAGUCCAAGGCUAUGCUGCUAAAACUGUGUUUGAGGCAUUACAAGCACCUACUUGUCAUGAAAAUAUGGUGAAGGUGGGUGGCUACAUUCUUGGGGAAUUUGGAAAUUUGAUAGCUGGAGAUACACGAUCCUCACCUCAAGUUCAGUUUGAGCUUCUUCAUUCUAAAUACCAUCUGUGUUCAGCUGCCACAAGAGCUCUUUUGUUAUCCACCUACAUCAAACUUGUGAACCUCUUCCCAGAAAUAAAAAAUCGUGUUCAAGAAGUAUUCCGUGCUGACUCCAACUUACGAUCAUCUGAUGUUGAAUUACAACAAAGAGCCUCUGAAUACCUGCAACUAAGCAUUGUAGCAAGUUCUGAUGUUCUAGCUACUGUAUUGGAAGAAAUGCCUGCAUUCCCAGAAAGAGAAUCUUCAAUCUUGGCUGUUCUAAAGAAGAAGAAGCCUGGCCGUAUUCCUGAUGAUGUGAGAGAGUCCAAGAGUCCUCAACCCACAGCAGCACCCACUGCUGUGAUUAACUCUACCAAUAAUACAAAUAGCUCUAGUGCUGAUCUGCUUGGACUGUCCACUCCUCCUGGAACUACAGCACCAGCUGGUAAUGGUUUGCUUGAUGUACUUGGAGAUCUGUAUACUGCUCCAAAAAUAAGUCCAAGUACAGUUCAACAAAACAAUAUCAAGAAAUUUUUGUUCAAAAAUAAUGGUGUUCUCUUCGAAAAUGACCUAAUUCAGAUUGGAGUAAAAAGUGAAUUCAGACAGAAUUUGGGAAGGAUUGGUUUAUUCUAUGGAAACAAAACUCAGUUCCCCAUCCAAACUGUUCGUCCUGAACUACACUGGACUGAUUUGCAUAAAUUGAAUGUGCAAAUGAAGCCCAUGGAACCUGUACUAGAAGCAGGUGCACAGAUCCAACAAAUGCUGACAGCUGAGUGUAUUGAAGAUUUUGUUGAUGCUCCAAGUAUGUCUGUUUCAUUUGUGUACAAUAAUGUACCCCAAAAGAUUACUAUGAAAUUACCACUUACAUUGAACAAGUUCUUUGAACCCACUGAAAUGAAUGGAGAAUCAUUCUUUGCAAGAUGGAAAAAUUUGGGAGGAGAACAGCAAAGGGCACAAAAGAUUUUUAAGGCUCAAGGUUCUAUUGACAUACCUGCAACCCGCACCAAAUUAGCUGGGUUUGGUAUGCAGCUGCUGGAUGGUAUUGAUCCUAACCCUGACAAUUUUGUGUGUGCAGGAAUUGUUCAUACUAGAGUACAGCAGGUAGGUUGUCUCAUGCGAUUGGAACCAAACAAACAAGCUCAAAUGUUUAGACUGACUGUAAGAUCUAGCAAGGAAACAGUCUCACAUGAAAUUUGCAAUCUGUUAGCAGAUCAAUUCUGAAUUUAGUUUAAAGGAACCAUAAAUUAUGAACAACAUUGUUAGACAAUGAAGUUGGUGUUAUAGUCACCUAGAAGUUCACAGUCACUUUACAUGUAGAGUUGAUAUAAAGUAAUGCGUACAAUUUGGAAGGUAAAUGAAGCAAAACACUUGUGAACUUUGCACUGAACUUAUAAUGAAAUGAAAUCUCUUGUGUACAAUUUUGGAUUUAUUUUAUUGCUAAUAUAGAGUUAGGUCUUUUUGUAAACCAAGAUUUAUUUUAGUUAAAAUUUAACCUGCAAUUUAUAAGAUUUGAUAAGAUGUUCAAAAAGACAGAUUACUUACUUUCAAGAUUUGCAAUAAUAUAAUCAAUAAUAAUUGUAUGCUAAGAAUUUACCUGAUUUGCGUCUUGUAAAUCAAUACACUUCCAUCUAUGAAACCUAAUUUGAUAUUAGUAGUAGUAUAAUAAAAAUAAUAUGUAUGGUUUAUCAUCUGUAAACAUUUACCAUGAUCAGUAGUAUGCACCAUGCUUAAAACCAGUUAUUCAUUAUGUUCAUGUGAUAUUGUGUGGUACAUCUGUAUCAGUACUGCUUGAUUUGUAUAUAUAGAGGAUAAAUGAGGUUCUCAUUCAUAAUGACUUCAUGGUUGAUAGUUUGUCUUGGUUGGGCGAUGAAUAGGUAGCUAUUUAGUGUCACAGAUUAUACUGUUGUCUCGCAUAUUUCUAGAUAUAUUCAAAAGUAUUUAUGAUAUAUUGUAGAAAAUUAUACCUAAAUUCAUACCAAAGUAACUAUUCGGCUGUUGUUAAUCAUGUAUCUAAAUUUCGGUUGGUUCAUUUUAUAUUAUACUCAACAGUAGCUUCGCUAACAUUAUUAACACACUUGUUGAGAUUAAUAUAAAUAAAAAAACAAAAUAUACUGUACUGAUGAGUAUAAUAUUUCUAUGUGAAAUUAUGUAACUCAUAUCAAACUAUUAUGUCGUUAUUUUACCUGUAUAUUCAUCGCUGUUGAAAAACAGGCCCCCUUUAUUUAUUAUUAUGAUGUUCCUGUUAACUUGUAGUAAAAUAUAUAAAUGGCAAUAAUUAAUACCAUACCCAGUGGAAGCUGAUAUACAGUAUUAACUUUGGUUAAAAAAUCUCUUGUAUUCCUCUAUAUCGAAGUAAUAUUUGAGUCUAGUAUUUUUAUAUUCACAAAAAGUAUAAAUAAAUCUACCUGAUGUCAGUAUGUUACUACAUGUCUACAUUUUUGUACAAUAGAAUACCUUGGAUGGUAAGACAAUUAUUUAUUUAUCCACUAGCUGAUAUUUUAACAUCUUUAGAAUUGUGAAAAUUUGCAAUGAAUGUCGUCACGUUGACCGGUGCUUCUUGGACAUUUUAAUGAAAAUAUUAAAAUGUACUUCACAAACAUUCCUAUAACAUAGGUAUACGUUAUAUUAUUUUUUAAUUGCGAGUAUUUUUACGAGUCGUUAUGUUUCCAUGACUUCAUAUAUUUUUUAUUUUCCCAGUCAUUUUAUCUCGUCAUUUUACCAACUAUCAACAUCGUCAUGUGAAAACAAAUGUUACAAUAUGCAACAUUUUAGUAUAUCAGCUUCAUACUCAUGACAUCUUACAUGUAUUUGUUUGUUAGAGAUUUAAUUAAAUGUGUUGGUGUGUUUCUUGAGUAUACAUGUUUUCAAGUCGAUAGUAGGAAUCUCACAAACCUAGAAGAUUUUAUUUUCAUAUUAUGUACCACAAAUAGAGAUUAGAGAUAGGAACUUUAGUAUUAUGGACAUAAAAUGUUGUUAUAAAUUUAUUAGUAGUGAGCAUGCUAAGAUUUCUUUGCAUGGUAGGUUUGUUAAGAGAACAUUAAUAAUAAAUUAAUAUAUCAUUAUAAACGUUUUUAUUAAUCUUGUUAAGAAUGUGGUACUCAUAACAUGUAUGUAUAUUAUGAAAUUUAAAAGAAUGUAUAAGCUUAUUUGAUACAUGUACACUUCGUAUAUAUGUGUGUUUAUCAAAUGUAAUAUAUCACAAAGUGGGUGUGAUUCUGUAACAGAUGUUAUUAUAGAUGUUUGUUCUUGCGCUUCGAACCCAUUAUUGUAACUCUUAAAUAAAAUAUUUAUCCAAUACGUA